AUGCGCGACCUUGGGCGCCCGCCCCGCGCUUUCUUGCGCGACCACAGUAGCGUCCCGUGCGCGACGCGCCUUCUCUACGACGCGCCUCCUCCGAGUCGCCAUCUGCCCGUGUCCCCCUUUGUGCGCACCGCCACCGUCUACGCCCACAUACGCGCGGCCGCGCGCACGUCGCCUCUACGUCAUGACGCGUCACACGCAACGCCUGCCCGCCCUUGCAUCAUCGCGUCGCGUGGUGUCGUGCCGCCUCGCCACGCCCACUGCCCCCGCCCUCUCGUGCGCCCCGUCGGUGGGCGUGCACCCGCCCGCCCGCCUGCGCAUAUACCCACAAUAUUGGAUUCUGUAACAAUCCCCCACGACUGCAUCCCCGCCACUGCCCGUGUCCGCGUCUCUGCCGACAGGUACGAUAUCCUCACGUUCGUCGCAGAGGACACCAGCCACACUGAGCUCUGGACCGUGGGAGACAUCGACGGGCACCCUCUGUUCGCCAUCGACUACGUCCUCCUCCAACUCAAUGCCUGCCCGCUCAACGACCUCACGCUCACCAAUGUAGAAGCGUUCAUUCGCGUCAACUCGCAGCUCUCGUCGCAUAUCCUCUCUGGCUGGUCGUACCUCAACCGCCUCACCUUUGUCGGAUGCAGCUACAUAUCCGCCUGGCUCUCGCUCCUCCGCGCCGGUGCCCUCCCCGCCCUCGAUCUCCUCGUCCUCUCGCAUUCCAACUAUGAUCUCGACGCCCUCUCCUGGAUUAAUCCAAUUUGCGGAUAAAAUGACCUGAUUCCAGCGCCUUAGACCGCUCGGCCAUCUUGCCUUGUUCAAGAUGCUUACCCCCAUUGCCUUGACCAACCUUAGUCUGUGGAAGAGAAUGACCGCGCGAUACGUCGAGGCAACACACCCUACUUGUGCAGGUAAGUAGUGAGAUCUCGAGAAGUCGAUCGGUGGACGCGCUGGGGCUCAAAUGGUGAGAGGACGGCGGAUGAGAGGGGCCCUGCGACAGAGUAGUUAGUGAACACAGACUAUUAUUAGCAUGUCAUGGC